CUCCGCCACGGUACUCCGCCUUUGCCGCCGGUGCCGCGGCCACCCCACGGCCCCGAGCCGACCUCGGGAGCAGGACACCGGAAGUGCUGUCCCGGAAGCGGCGUACGAGGCGUCAUCAGAACAUGGCGGCCUGAGGCAAAGGCGCUCCUUGCUUUCCCCUCCGCAGGUGCGUGGGGCGCCGCGCCGCUGCCGCUGACCUGCCGGCCCCAGGGCGGCCUUGCCGCUGUCGCAGCGGCUUUCGGGGUGGGAAGCGCUGGGGCAACGAUCCAAACAAAGAGAGUGCAGCUGAUUCUCAAAAUGCAGUAUUCCCAUCACUGUGAGCACCUUCUAGAGAGACUGAACAAGCAGCGAGAAGCUGGCUUCCUGUGUGACUGCACGGUGGUGAUUGGCAACUGCCAGUUCAAGGCGCACAGGAACGUGCUGGCCUCCUUCAGCGAGUACUUCGGUGCGUUUUACAGAGAUGCAUCUGACAACAACGUCGUAUUGGACCAGACUCAAGUGAAAGCUGAUGGAUUCCAAAAACUCCUGGAGUUUAUUUAUACGGGAAACUUAAACCUUGACAGCUGGAAUGUUAAAGAAAUCCACCAGGCUGCAGACUAUCUGAAAGUAGAAGAAGUGGUCACAAAAUGCAAAAUCAAGAUGGAAGACUUUGCCUUUAUUGCUAAUCCCUCUUCCACGGAGACAUCCAGCAUCACUGGGAAUGUUGAACUGAACCAGCAGACAUGCCUUCUGACUCUCCGAGAUUAUAACAGCCGGGAGAAAGCAGACACCACUGCUGCAGAGUUGGUUCAACCACAGGCAAAGAAAGCAGCUCUAGAAAAGAAAUCUCCUCAGCCAAAGAAGCGAAAGAAGAACUUCAGCUCCCCCAAAAGCAUACAGAAUAAAUCUAUGCAGUAUCAGAACGACGUGACCGAGAACACAUCCAUUGAAAUGUUCCUAGAUGCAAACAAGCUGGCCACCCAGAUCACCGAGCAGGCUGCCCAGGGCAGCGACAACUCUGAGCUGCAGCUGGCAUCUGUGGUGGAAAGCGAAACGCUGGCGGCGCAGGAUAUCUUGGUCCAGACUAUUGCAGUGAAACAGAAGCGGGGCAAGCCCCAGCAGAGCUGUGCACUGAAGGAGCACUGCAUGUCGAACAUAGCCAGUGAGAAGAGCGCUUACCAGCUGGAGAGCUCAGCAGAAGAGCUGGACCAGAAGUACUCCAAAGCUAAGCCCGUGUGCAACACCUGUGGAAAGGUCUUUUCAGAAGCAAGUAGCCUCCGUCGACACAUGAGAAUACACAAAGGAGUGAAACCCUACGUGUGCCAGCUUUGUGGGAAGGCCUUCACCCAGUGCAAUCAGUUGAAAACACAUGUAAGGACUCACACAGGGGAGAAGCCAUACAAGUGUGAACUCUGUGACAAAGGCUUUGCUCAGAAGUGCCAGUUGGUAUUCCACAGUCGGAUGCACCAUGGAGAGGAGAAACCAUACAAGUGUGAUGUCUGCAACCUGCAGUUUGCAACAUCAAGCAAUCUGAAGAUCCACGCCAGGAAGCACAGCGGGGAGAAGCCCUACGUGUGUGACCGCUGUGGGCAGCGCUUUGCCCAGGCCAGCACCCUCACCUACCACGUGCGCCGCCACACCGGGGAGAAGCCCUACGUGUGUGACAGCUGUGGAAAGGCCUUUGCUGUCUCCAGCUCUCUCAUCACCCAUUCCCGAAAACAUACAGGAGAGAAGCCAUAUAUCUGUGGCAUUUGUGAGAAGAGUUUUAUUUCCUCUGGAGAGCUCAAUAAACAUUUUCGGUCCCAUACAGGUGAAAGACCAUUUAUCUGUGAAAUGUGUGGAAAUUCUUACACAGAUAUAAAAAAUCUUAAGAAGCACAAAACAAAAGUUCACACAGGAUCUGAGACUCCUCCUGAUUCUACUGCACUUGAUAAUUCUUUCAAUGAACAAGAAUCCAUCCAGAAUCAGAAGAGUCCUUUAUCAGAGUCCAUAGAUGUGAAACCCUCUGAGAUGUCUUUAGCACUUCCUCUUCCCAUUGGGACUGAAGACCAUCAGAUGCUGCUUCCUGUGACAGGCAGUCAGUCUCCUUCAUCAGAAACAUUGCUAAGGUCUGCUGUGACUGGAUAUUCAGAACCUCAGUUUAUUUUCUUGCAGCAGUUGUACUGACAGUGCAGAGCCCUUGGUGGUGAACCUGCACACGUUGGGUAAGAUGAAAACAGGUUCAAGCAAGCAGUCACCAUUUUUGACUUGUUCUUUUUGUUCCUCUGUGUGAAGACACUUGUCAGGCAUUUCCAUUGUGCAGUGCUGUCUUGCAGUCUUUGUUGAAUUGUGCUAAUCUACAAUCAAAUUUCUACUUGCAAUUAACACUGAUUUCCAGGAGACAAUUCCUUUCCAGCAUCACCUGCCUUAAGAAUUCUCUGUUCAAUCUGUUAAUGUUUUUGGAGAUCUCCUUCCAUGUUCCUGCUGGUCUGACGUGUCACAAUGUCACUUGAGACAAUUGAAGCCAUAUUUGAUAGUAAUAGCAUUAACCCAGAGGUCUAAGGGGAGAAUGAGAAGUUGAAUGUAGUAACCACUUUGUACUCUUGCGUUUCAGGGUGGUAGAGCGGUGGAUGGAAGGUAGGCCAGUGCUCCGGUGGGGUGCUUGCUAAGAGUUACUGCUGUCUGCCAGAACAGCUGCCUUCAAGUGAAGUCUGACCACAGGGAAAGAAAGUUGUGCAUGUUUUUUUCUGUAGUGUGGUAAGUCAGAGGGUAAUGGCAUAGAUACUGCUGGGUAUUCUUUCCAGCAGGGCACUCUGUCUUUUUUUUAAGUGAAGCCAUCAUUGUAUCUCAACCAGAUUUCAUUUUCACACCCCUAAAAUGCCCUGGUUUUGGCACAAACAGCAACAUUUGCACCAAGGACAGCUGGAACAUGUAUGUGGUAGAUGAGAGGAAAAGAUGCAUUGACUUAAUCGAGGCAUGAAUCAUGGCUUCAGAGUUGUUUCGUUUUACAGUAGUGCUGCUUCUUGUGCUAGACAAUAGGUACAAAAGAGGAAAUAAAUCCUGCCUUUCACUGUGAAAACAAGAAGUGAAUGCUGCAUGAGUGGGCAUUAUGGAAGAACACAAGAGAGCCAGACCGAUACUUUUCCAGGCAAGGGUUUGUCAGAGUAGAGCUGAUUGGUUUUCACUAAGUAUUUAUGUAUUGAUUUACCUCUCACUUCACUUGUCCAUAGUAGCUGCACAAACUGGUAUCUAGCAAGAUACCUAUCCAGGUGUGUUCAUUACUAGCCAUAUAUGUUUUGAAAAAGCAACACUUUCAGUGUCUUGGUAGGGUCUUUAGGUAAAAGACAGGUGACAAUAGGAGUACUUCACUACUCCUCUUUGCCAGUUUGUGCCAUUAAUGUAAUGUAAGCAUUAUUUAAGUAAUCAUCCAGCAGUUGCAAUACUGCACCAACAAUGCAUUUAAAGAGAUGGUUUGUUGGUUAUUACUUGGUGCUAGCAUUUUAUUUCCACGGAUGCCUUGUGUCCAGUCACUGCUAAAUAGAAGAGCACAGGCAGUACCUCUUAACUGAGUCUAUUCUACAUGGAAUAAUAAUUGAUCUGCACCUUAAUUAAACAGACCUGUGAAAAAUUUCUUGGAGGACUUCAUUUAAAUACUCUGCAAAUGAUCCCUGGACUCCAGAGCAUGACUGUAGGUUAUUUUUUUUUUCUCUUCCUAUGUUUGUACUUGUAAAGUAACAGACCUUGAGCUUCUUUGUGUCGGUCAUCUUAGUGUGUGGCACCUGUAAAAACUCCUCUUCUUGAUCAUAUUUUACGCUGUAAUACGUAGCAGAUUUGCUGAAAAAGUCCAGCACAGACAGCAAGAAGUAUGACUGUGUUCACCAGAGUGAAUUCUUGCCAUUCCUGCCUCGCUUUUACUUUCUUUGCUUAUCUGUACUACAGCAUUUAUGAACAGCUGAUGUCCUUCAUGCUGCCAAAGGACAAUGGAUGAAGUUCUCUCAUACUUUCUUUUUCUGUUUGGUAUUUCCCCUUUUCCUCCCCUUUUUUCUUUUUAAGCUUCUGUUGUUGAUGUAGCAACUGAAGGAUUCCUUGGCCUUGCUGUUUGAAGAACCACAAAGAUCAGGAUCUUGACUCUGUAAAAAAGCGAAUUCUGUGUAGCUUGUCCUAAGGUUCCUCUUCAGUUUCUGUCUCUGAAAAUAGGGAUAGACAUAGACUUAGUCAUGAAUACUGAAGAACAACCCCAUAUAACUGAUAAAAUUCAUACUGAAAACAGCUUUGGAAGAUAAACUAAUGAUAGGCUGCUGUUAUCUGAGGAGAAGUAUCUGAAGGUUAACGUAUCCAAGGGAAAUGACCACAAGAGAGAACUAGCUCUGGAAAAAGACUUUUAAAACAAUGACAUUCCUACAUAGAAGAUGCAUUCCACAACAGUAUUUGUUUGGACUGUUUUUAUAUUCCUAAAGCUAUAGCUUAUUACUGUAUCCUUAGAUUUCAGACUUUUAAAAAAAAUACAGUGCUUAGAUUUAUACAAGAUUUGUUUAGAUACUUAUAACAGUAACACUUCCUUUAUUAGUCAUUUAGUUUUCUUUAUAGACAAGAAGAUAAUCAUUAUUUUUUACAAGACAACAUUUUUAACCUUUCUUACUAGAAUACACAGGCUUGUAGUUUGGUCUUGGAGCAAUAAUUUAGUGACCUGCACUCUUUGAGUCCCCAUCUCAGAGUCUUGAUUUUUAUCCUCAUCUUUUGUGAAGAUAUCUCAGCUGCUGAGGUAUGAUCUCUAUGAACUGUAUUCAUUUACUAGAAUAUAGAUUUUAAAUAUAUAUAUAAAUAUAUAUAAAUAUAUAAAUAUUUGUAGGUGUGUUGAGGCUGGGUGCUGCAGGACCUGAAGAAGCAGGUCUGUACUGUACCUUUUGCCACUAGAUGCAUGGAAUUCAGCUGCACAUCCAAUCUACUAUUAAGGAUUCUGAGUUUGUUUUGGAGGUACAAGGUUUUGAACAGUAUUGAGCAUUUCUGUGAAGGAUUUUUAUGGGGAAGCAUGAAAUCUUUUCAGGCAGACACCUCCUUGAGACCUACCUGCAGAAGAAAAGAGGUGAUUUUAAUAACUCAUUUGGAGAAAGUGACAUGAUUUGUCACACGGUUGUUUCAGUACUAUUUCAGUCAGUUUUGCACUUAAGCUGAUGCAAGUUUUGCUUGAAAAUCUGUGUCUAGAAAUCUCUGGAUUGGCCAUUUGGAUAUAGUUACCUGAGAAUAGCUCCUUGUAGACACUUGCUUCCAAAUAAUGUGCCUAAUGUGGGCACAAAGCACAACAGCUUCUGGAAUAAUGUGUUUCCAAAAUUUUGUCAAGUACAGAUGAAUUCCUUGUCAAGGAUUUCAGGGCUGUGAUCUUGGAGAGCCUACUGAUAAUCCUCACAGAAUGAAAUUCAGAUAAAGACUCAUAACUGAUGGUUUUGGUUAAAUUAUUUUUGAAGUAUCUUUCAUGUAUAUACAUUUUUUCCUCUGUUGUUUGUAUAUACCUCAACUCUCAAUUUUAUAAUCCCCUGGGAAGGGAGGGAGUUGUACAUACUUAGCCUGAAGUGGUUUAUGUUAGACUUUAAUAAACUUGUUUUGUAAUUUUCCCUCA